ACAUGUUAAGCAAGAAAGCGAGCAGUCGAGCGAGGCAGCGGUGGGGCGCUUGCGACCGCUUGGUGGCGGCUCGGUGACUGGGUAUAGGCAGCUGACUUUGUAGGCCGGUUUCGACGAUAUUUGCCAACAGCUGCGAGCUUGCUGAUCCCGACGAAGCGGAUGUCAUAAAUGUUACAGUUUUUGCACGGAUUCGUACGUGUGGAGGGCGGCGACGUUGACCGAGUAGCGAGCACUAUGAACGCCUGAAAAUAUGGCAGACUGCCGACGUCCAAGAGACAUGGUGGCAAGGGAAAGCCGCCCUCAACACAUCCAGGGACCGCAGGGAGCAGCCGGAGACAAUGGGGUAUCGCAGAUUGCCCACUUUUAUCAAGAUCAAGUGGUAUUUAUCACAGGAGCAACCAGUUUUAUCGGAAAGGUUCUGCUCGAGAAAUUGCUGCGAUCUUGCCCUGUUAAGCGGAUCUACCUUUUGAUACGCAGCAAGCAUGGCGUCGAAUCUGACGCGAGGCUGGAAGCUAUGCUCCGUUCUGAAAUAUUUCAGCGAAUCAGAGUAGAAGUGCCCGAUGCUUUCGGUAAAGUGAAGGCAGUUGCUGGUGAUCUGGCUCAGCCAGACCUGGGAUUAAGUGAAACUAGCAUGCACACCCUAGUGGAUGAAGUGUCGGUCGUCUUCCACUUGGCAGCCACAGCCAAACCCAGUGAAACGUUCAAACAGGCGGUCCAGCUGAAUGUUUUGGGAACACGGCGUACGGUGGACAUCUGUAAACAAAUGCGAAACCUCUGUGCACUUGUUCAUGUCUCAACAGCAUAUAGCAACUGGGGCAAGAGGGAUGUUCACGAGAUGGUCUACCAACCACCAGUAGAAGCAAACAAGGUUAUCGAAGCAGCUCAGUGUGCCGACGAGAAGACAACUAAGCUUGUUAAGAAAUUUUUAUUUGGGCAGCCAAAUAAUUUCACUCUGACAAGUGCUGUAACUGAAUCACUACUGCUGGAUGAGCGCGGACAGCUGCCUCUUGCUAUAGUCCGCCCCUCCAUUGUCACUGCAUCGUGGAAAGAUCCCUUCCCGGGGUGGAUAGACAAUCGGAACAGCUGCACUGAUGUCAUCGUGUCGCUAGGUUUUGGUUUGCUACCAUCAGUAUUACUGGGAAAAAACUGCGUCGCAGACCUCAUUCCGGUUGACGUUGUAGCCGAUACGCUCAUAUGCGUUGCCUGGCAGAUCGCCACGACUAGGCCAACGUACCUGAGAGUGUACAACUGUACUAGCGGUGCAUUACAACCACAUACGUGGGGCGAGGUGAUCAAGGAAUUACGGAGAACGAUGAUGCGUAACCCUCUGUCGAGCAGCUGUGGCUUCCCCAGCUUCGUGGUGACCAGCAGUGCAGCCUUGCAUCGUCUCACUCUGUACGGCCUUUGUUUGGUGCCUGCGUUCCUAGGAGACAUGGCCUUGCGCAUAACUGGACGGCAACCCAGUUUUGCUGCUCGUUGUGACAAGGCCAUAAACGCCAUGAAAUCCCUGCAGUUCCACACCACAAACAGCUGGCUGUUUCGAUCAAACAACGUCGUGGGGCUGAUCAACGACCUCUCUCCUACGGACAAGCAGUUGUUCAACAUUGACGUUCGGAAGUUGGAGUGGUGCCAUUACUGGGAUCAGUACAUACAAGGAAUCCGCAAGUUCAUCUUCAAGACCGGCGAUGCAGAACUUCCAACUGCACGAAAGCACUUUGGGCGGCUCGACGCCAUGCGCUGGUUCUGGUACUUGGCACUGGCCGUUCUUGCGUGGCGACUUGCAGUAACGCCGAAGGCUUGGGACACCUACGGCUCAGUACGUGUCCUUGCCGCGGGACUCGACGACAUGAUUGGCUUCCCGCGGUUGCUGUGAUUCUCGCCAUCACACACAAAAAAAAAGACUUAAAAGAACGUGGACAGCCAUACACUGUGGGCAAAGCGAAGAAUAUAUGUUCUCAAGACUAAGGUUACGGAGUAGCACGACGCCGGUUUGCUAUGGUGGUGAAUUCGAUAGCUUAGGUACGCUUCCGCGCACUCUCUACCAGACAUUUCGCAGUCCAUAAGUGAGCCUCAGUGUAUCACGCUAGGCUCUUUGGCGGGCGCUCCAUAUGACCUCUGCUGCUCUAAAGUUCAUGAAGUAAGGAAGACUCCGUCCCUCACCUCAAGAGUUUCGCAUGCGAAACUACUGCAACGCAAGGAAAACUAACCCGUUCAUCGUCGCAACGACUUUGAAAGCAGAGUAGUAGGUCCGCUUAAUACAAACGAGCUUAGCCUUGCCCACUUCUCAAAGGUUACUAAAAUAUAUUCUGUAAAACAUCGUUUCGGCUUACCGCGGUGUUCAAUUCUAUGUUCAUUAUCACAAAUACGAUAAUUUAAUAAAAAUUUCGGCACCCAUAGGUAACUUUUCAUGAACAAACUUCUUGGCGGUGUGGGCCUUAGCAGUCAUUGGGAUCUGUAGGUCUAAUUUGGAGUGAAGAGUCCCACAACGGCUAUCAAAAUAAUGUUGAGCGCAAGUUGCAAGCAAAGAUGUCUAUCAGCUCGGAGCUUUCUUCUUCCUUCAAUACUUCUAACAAAUUCAGCCUUCUCGCAACAGCUGCACGAAAGUGCAAUGGACAAAGCGCUUUUGUUUCAUUACUAAUUCGAUCAAAACGUAUUAUAAAUUAAAUCUUUCUGGUGAAACGGUUC